AUGCUGGGUAAUUCACAGAACCACCUGUCAUUUUGUAGCAGUAAAGUUCUUCACUUGAAAAUAAACCAAUUUUCCAAGGGUUCUGCAGCAAUAGGUGGAACGAUGCAGAUUGCAACAGCUGCAUGGAUGAGCUGUUGUGGCUUGGGAAGCGCUGGGAAUGCCAUUACAUCGGGCAGAAGUGGGCCACGCAGAAGGAGGCUGAUGAUGCUGAUGUGGAUUAUCCUCUCUGGCUCACUGUGCCUGGUGGUUGACGGCCAGAUGAAGAUCCCACCAGAAACUGUGCAGCAGUGGGCCGUGUCCUUCGGAAAAGAGAUUGCUGCUUUGUCCAAUAGAUACUCUGGAGCUAAACUUUUGCAGAAGAAAUACAAGGAUGUGGAGGGCGUGGUGAAGAUGGAGGAGGUGAACGGUGAAGAGCUGGUAAAGAAGUUUGCGGAGGAAAUGGAGGAAAUGCUGGGAAGAAAGAUGAAAUCGGUGAAGAGAUUAGCAGAAGCAGCAGAAGAUGCUGAUCUGGGACAUGAGUACAACGAAACGCUAGAGUUUGACUACUUUAACUCCCUGUUGAUCAACACUGUGGAUGAGGAGGGCAAUCCAAUACCACUUGGUGGAGAAUUCCUCUUAGAGAAAAAUGAACAUUUCAAUAAACUUCCUGUUGGCACACAGCAGAGUAACAUCCAAGUUCCUACAAAUGUUUACAAUCGAGAUCCUGAUAUUCUAAACGGGGUCUACAUGUCCGAGGCUCUGAAUGAUAUUUUUAUUGAUAACUUCCAGAAGGAUCCAACUCUCACUUGGCAAUAUUUUGGCAGUGCCACAGGUUUCUUCAGGCUCUACCCAGGAAUCCAGUGGAUUCCAGAUGAAAAUGGUGUGGUCACCUUUGACUGCCGAAACAGAAACUGGUACAUACAGGCCGCCACGUCUCCCAAAGACGUGAUAAUCGUGGUGGAUGUGAGCGGCAGCAUGAAGGGGCUGAGACUGACGAUAGCCAAGCACACAAUUAAUACCAUCCUAGACACUCUGGGAGAAAAUGACUUUGUAAACAUCAUAGCUUACAGUGACUAUGUUCGUUACGUGGAACCCUGUUUCAAGGGCAUGCUGGUACAAGCUGAUCUGGAUAACAGAGAGCACUUCAAGCUUUUGGUGGAUGAGCUUCAAGUCAAAGGAGAGGGCAAAGUAAAAAAAGCAAUGAAGGAGUCUUUUAAGGUCCUUAACGAGGCUGCUUCACUGGGGCAGGGCAGCCUGUGCAACCAGGCCAUCAUGCUGAUAACAGACGGCGCCAUGGAGGACUUCAAGGAUGUUUUCGAAGAGUUUAACUUUCCAGAACGUCGGGUUCGAGUGUUCACGUAUCUCAUUGGGCGCGAGAUGACGUUUGCUGAAAAUGUUAAAUGGAUCGCCUGCAACAACAAGGGUUAUUACACACACGUGUCCACACUGGCUGAUGUUCAGGAAAACGUCAUGGAAUAUCUCCACGUUCUCAGUCGGCCAAUGGUUAUCAACCAUGACCACGACAUCAUCUGGACAGAGGCCUACAUGGACAGUGUGCUUCCCAAUAAAGAUGAGCUGUUUAACACUCAGGCACAGAGUUUGCUCCUGAUGACCUCAGUCGCCAUGCCUGUUUUCAGUAAGAAGGAAGAAACUCUGUCUCACGGGAUUUUACUGGGAGUGGUAGGAACAGAUGUGGCCUUAAGAGAACUGAUGAAAUUAGCUCCAAGAUACAAGCUGGGUAUCCAUGGUUACGCCUUCCUCAUCACCAAUAAUGGUUACAUCCUGUCUCAUCCAGAACUGCGGCCUCUGUAUAAAGAGGGAAAGAAACUGAAGCCUAAACCAAACUACAACAGUGUUGAUCUGUCAGAGGUUGAAUGGGAGGAUACUGAAGAGAAACUGAGGACAGCCAUGGUCAAAGGAGAAACCGGCACAAUGUCUUUAGAUGUGAGAUCUUCAGUGGACAAAGGAAGGAGAGUGAUCUUCUUGAAGAACGAUUAUUUUUACACAGUCAUAAAUGAGACACCAUUCAGUCUUGGUAUAGUCUUGAGUAGAGGGUAUGGAGAGUACAUCUUCACAGGAAAUGUCUCGCUGGAUGAAGGUCUUCAUGACUUAAUCACUCCGGAUCUGACCUUAGCCAAUGAAUGGACCUACUGUGAGAUCGACAUCGACCCGGCACAUCGCAAACUGACCCAGCUGCAGGCCGUCAUAAAAUAUCUCACUGGGAAAGAAAAAGAUCUGCACUGCGAUAGACAGUUGUUGCAACAGACUCUAUUUGAUGCUGUUGUUACAGCACCUAUGGAAGCGUACUGGACCGCUCUCAUGCUUAACACAUCUAGUAUGGACGAUGGUGUUGAGACUGCUUUCUUGGGGACUCGUUCAGGCUUGCAGAGGUACCUGAGGUACACGGGUGUUGAAAAAAGAGUUGGCAAGUCUUUCCUGACCUCCACUGAUAAAGAGAACAUGUUCACUCUGGACCAUUUCCCUGUGUGGUACCGCAGAGCCUCUGAGUAUCCAGUUGGACAGUUUCUGUACUACAUGCCCAGACAGGACACAAGAGCAGGAAGAAUUGUGAUUAGCACCACUGCUGUGACUGUGACGGUGGGCAAGAAAACAGCCAUCGCUGGAGCUGUUGGGGUUCAGAUGACUCUGGAGAUGCUUGAAUCCAAAUUCAGGACCAUCGCUGCACAGCCGAAUGACACAGACUGCUCCUCCACAGAGGGGGUUUGUCCUCUUCGCUGUGACAGCUUUGACAUCGAGUGCUACGUGAUUGACAAUAAUGGCUUUGUCCUAAUUUCUAAACAGCGCAGCGACGCGGGACGUUUCUUUGGCGAAACCGACGGAUCGGUGAUGACCACGUUGAUCCAAAUGGGCAUGUUUAAGAGGGUCUCAUUGUUUGACUACCAGGCCAUGUGUAAGACCAACCCUCACUCCGUCAGCAGCGCUCGCCCACUUCUCAGCUCAUUCUAUGCUUUGGCUUCAACUUUCAAGUGGUUCCUCUCUAACGUCCUACUGUUUCUACUGGAGUUCAAUUUCUGCAGCUUCUGGCACUCAGAACAUUUUGCUGACGCUAAACCAUCCUUCAGCCGCUCUUAUGUUCCCAAGAAAAAAUGGAACGUCUUGCAGCCAUGUGACACCGAGUACCCGAGCUUCAUUUACGAGCCGUCAGUCAAGGAGACCAACAGCAUUAUUAAGUGCGGACGGUGCCAGAAAAUGUUUGUAGUUCAACAAAUACCUGAAAGCAACCUGCUGAUGCUGGUGGUACAAGGAGACUGUGACUGCUCCAGACAGUACCCACCCAUCACCCUGGUGCCCAAAGAAGUCAAAUAUAUCCUUUGA